UAAAAUGGCGGACCUGGCAAACGAAGAAGGACCAACCACACCUCCAGGCUGUGUAAGGGCUAUUUUACCAAGAAGGAGAGUGAUGGAGUGCUGCAUCAGAUUACCUGGCCUCCACAAUCACCCGACCUCAACCCAAUUGAGAUGGUUUGGUGUGAGUUGGACCGCAGAGUGAAGGAAAAGCAGCCAACAAGUGCUCAGCAUAUGUGGGAACUCCUUCAAGACUGCUGGGAAAGCAUUCCAGAGAAGCCUGCCAUAGCCCCACCUGUGUUUGUGUUCCAGGAAGAUAAAGCACAGAAGAGAUCAGCAGAAGGGUCCAGUGCUGAGGAUGGAGAAGACUCUGAUAAAGAUGAGAGUAGUUACUGUCCCCCGGCCAAGAGAGAAAGAACAUCAUCACUAACACAGUUCCCACCCGCACAUUCAGUUUCUAAGAACAAUGUGUUCAUGCCAUCCAGUUUCUGUCAGUCCCCGUCAGGAAAUAAUUCAGAUUCAGAACCUGAGGAGAAGACUGUUGGGUUUCGCUUGAAGCCUCCCACCCUGAUCCAUGGACAGGCUCCUCGUACAGGUGUCCCGAGCCAGAAGCCCAAGGAGCAGCAGCGCAGCGUACUACGACCCGCAGUACUGCAGGCCCCUCCACCUAGCAAAUCACUAACCCUGACCGGUUUGAACAGUGGUACGAAUGGAGUGAACAGAUCGUCAGAGGGUCUGCCAGUCACCCAGAACAACACAGAGAAUUGUGAUGGCUCCACAGACAAUAUGGCCAAGUCACAGGUUGAGGGAAGCAGUGAAAAGAAAGUCUCUCUGUCAGCAGAAUCAGGGGAAACCAAUUAUUUCCUACAGUACAGAAGCACUCCUGGCUUACAGAAAGCGGAGAACAACACUGACGACGGGGCUAAGUUUGUGUUUGGACAGAACAUGUCGGAUCGUGUCCUGAGUCCGCUGAAAUGUGAGCAGGCAGCAGAGAGCAGCAGAGAUCCCCCUGCCACCCCGCCAUGUGAGCCACCCUCACUGGUCAGCAGCCCCGACAAAGAUACCAAUGUGACCGAGUCUUUGGAGGAGUCGGCAGCGGCCUACACCAAAGCCACAGCCAAGAAGUGCUUGUUAGAGAAGGUAGAGGUCAGAACUGGAGAGGAGUCGGAGAGUAAUGUACUACAGGUCCAAUGCAAGUUGUUUGUGUUUGACAAAGCAUCCCAGUCUUGGGUGGAGAGAGGCAGAGGACUACUGAGGCUUAAUGAUAUGGCUUCCACAGAGGAGGGAUCGUUACAGUCCAGGCUAGUGAUGAGGACCCAGGGCAGUUUGCGUCUGAUCCUCAACACCAAGCUGUGGCCCCAAAUGCAGACGGACAAAGCCAGCGAGAAGAGCGUCCGCAUCACAGCCAUGGACACUGAGGACCAGGGGGUCAAGGUCUUCCUCAUAUCGGCAAGCUCUAAGGACACGGGUCAGCUGUACGCAGCGCUGCAUCACCGUAUCUUGGCACUGCGGAACCGCUCAGACCAGGAACCAGAGUCCCGGGUCCCCAUUCCAGACGGCCACAUCCCUCACCCCCAGUCUAACGAGGAGGAUAGUGAUGAGGAUGAAUCGCUCACACCCACUGCCAACAUCGCAGAGGGUCCAGAGGUCCAGGCCAGCGGGAGUGGGUCCUCAUAGCGCCCGCCCCCCUCCACACGCUGCAGUCAGGACCCCUACAGGCACCUCAGUCCAGCAUUUCCCCAAUGGUCAGAGGUCACAGUGGAGUACGA